UGGAUGAGCAGAGAGGGAGGGAGAGAGAACAGGGGAGCGCAGUUACCUGGGGAGGAGAGAGAGAGAAAGAAAGAAAGAGAGAAAGAGCUGUCAGAGGAACUCCUGCAGGCUCAGAACUGCGGACGCUGGGCUAAGAAGACCGUGGCUGGAUCUUCAGGCUGGUUGUGGCAUCACCCAAGUCCCAUCGCACUGAGCCAAGCUGAGGAACACAGGAGUGCCCUGGCAAAGGGACAGUGAUGGAGGUGCCACUGGUUAACUUUGAGAACAUGGAUGAUAUCGGCAUCAACAUGGGCGUCCCCGGUGAUUCGGGGUACCCCACUUCACCCACUUCAGAGGCAGCACCUGAUCAGAACCCUGUCACCAAUCGUGUGAUGUCACCAAAUCCAUCACAGCACCAGACCAGGCCAGAGGGGUUUUCUCCCUCUACAACGCCUAUACUGACUACUAAAGACCCGUCUAGCUGCAACAGUCUGCUGUCCAACUUCAAACUCCUGAUGAACAGUGAAGGCUCGCCGACCGACAGUGUCUUCAGUAAGCUGGUUCAGGAGUGCUGUGAUAACGAAGAAGACCUGUUUGGGGAGAAACUGGGAGUGGAGGACGGGGAUCCGAAAGUGGUCAUCAAUAUUUCAGGCAUGAUGUUCGAGACACAACUCAAAACUUUAUCCCAGUUCCCAGACUCCCUCCUGGGAGACCCCAUGAAAAGGAUGGAAUACUUUGACCCGAUGAAGAACGAGUACUUUUUCGACCGGAACCGUCCCAGCUUUGAUGGGAUCUUGUACUUCUAUCAGUCUGGGGGCAAAGUCCGAAGACCGGCCAACGUCCCCUUAGAGAUUUUCGCAAGAGAGAUAGUUUUCUAUGAGUUAGGAAGAGAAGCUAUGGAACAGUUCCGGGAAAUUGAGGGGUUCAUAACAGAACCUGAGCCGCUGUUGCCCACCAACGAGGUCCACAAGCAGUUCUGGCUCCUGUUUGAGUAUCCGGAGAGUUCCAGUGCAGCUAGGUCAGUGGCCCUGGUGUCUGUCUUCGUUAUUGUCAUCUCUAUCUUCAUUUUCUGCCUGGAGACUCUGCCAGAGUUCCGUGACGACGUAGACUUUAUCACCACCUUUUCCCUGGGGGUCAAUGGAACCCAGGAGGGUCCUCCUAUAGUCCAAAAAGACUUAUUCGCCUAUUUCACAGACCCCUUUUUCAUUGUGGAAACCAUCUGCAUAAUUUGGUUUUGCUUUGAGCUUGGCGUACGCUUUGUGGUCUGCCCCAGCAAAAGUGACUUCUUCCACAACAUUAUGAACACCAUUGACAUUGUCUCUAUAAUACCCUAUUUUGUAACCAUGGCUACAGAGCUGUACACCACGCCAGAUGAAGACAUCAACUCCAGCCAAAACAUGUCACUGGCCAUCUUACGCAUCAUCCGUCUAGUGCGAGUCUUCCGGAUCUUUAAGCUGUCGCGACACUCCAAGGGACUUCAGAUCCUGGGCCAGACCCUGAAGGCUAGUAUGAGGGAGCUGGGUCUGUUGAUCUUCUUCCUCUUUAUUGGAGUCAUACUGUUCUCCAGUGCCAUCUACUUUGCUGAGGUGGACGAGCCCCACACACAGUUUGUCAGUAUCCCUGACGGGUUCUGGUGGGCUGUGGUGACAAUGACCACUGUGGGAUACGGGGACAUGUGCCCUACUACUUUGGGAGGCAAAAUGGUGGGGACUCUCUGUGCCAUUUCCGGCGUGUUGACCAUCGCCUUACCCGUCCCUGUUAUCGUCUCCAACUUUAACUAUUUCUACCACCGGGAGACAGAGCAAGCAGAGAAACAAGUGAUUGACGAUGCAGCAGAAGCAGCUCAGAAAAUAACCGACGCAAAUAAGUAUGAGUAUGGUAGCACACCCUCUCUUAACAUUAACACAAUCAAUGGUAGCUUGCAGAAUGACAAGAAUGGUAUGUAAUGGGUUUAUCAUUUAAGGGAUUAUAACCAAGGACAUGACAAACAUGUAACAUAUACCAAAAUACACUGAUAUUAUUUAUGUCUCAGUAUUUUAUACUCUAUUCAUUGCAGCGUUGGUCCACGUAGUAGGCUAUACUAUACAUCUCUUUCACAAUAUUCAAAAUAAGGAAGUAAUAUUGGUUAUCAGCCUGACUGAUCAGCAUGUGGAUGUGUCAAAGUGUAAUUAAGAUCAAAUGAAUACAGUUACAGCAUAUUACAUUUACAGUUGGCUCUGGACAGACCUUGUGCACGUAGAGUGAUUAUAAGGGCUUAAAUCCUAAGCAGAUGUAUUUGGCAACUUGUUUCCUUUCAAAUCAUCUUAUAAAUAAUACAAAUAUUAAUUACACUUUGAACUGCAUUACUGUACAUUGUCAAAGACUGAAGUAUGAAAAACGCCCUUGGAUCAGGGCUCAUGUUAAAACUCGUUUUCAUGGUGUGCUUUGCGACAUUCAUCAGCCUGCCAUAUUCAGCAGUCUCUAUAUAGAUCUUGGCAUGAUCUCCAAGGACUGUCUGGAAGAGCACUUCUGGAAGGAGACAUGGGGACACCAUUGAGUGCACAAUAUGCUGUCAGAAAAUCCAUCAGUUGUGGACACCGCAGUAGUUUUAUCACACCAUCUAUCUAAUAAUGCAGUCGUUUUAUCACACCAUCUAUCUAAUAAUGCAGUCGUUUUAUCACACCAUCUAUCUAAUAAUGCAGUCGUUUUAUCACACCAUCUAUCUAAUAAUGCAGUCGUUUUAUCACACCAUCUAUCUAAUAAUGCAGUCGUUUUAUCACACCAUCUAUCUAAUAAUGCAGUCGUUUUAUCACACCAUCUAUCUAAUAAUGCAGUCGUUUUAUCACACCAUCUAUCUAAUAAUGCAGUCGUUUUAUCACACCAUCUAUCUAAUAAUGCAGUCGUUUUAUCACACCAUCUAUCUAAUAAUGCAGUCGUUUUAUCACACCAUCUAUCUAAUAAUGCAGUCAUUUUAUCACACCAUCUAUCUAAUAAUGCAGUCAUUUUAUCAUGCUUUCUAUCUAAUAAUGCAGUCGUUUUAUCACACCAUCUAUCUAAUAAUGCAGUCGUUUUAUCACACCAUCUAUCUAAU